UACCGACACGAGAUGGUGCUGGAAGCAAAAGCAAAAGUGAAAGUGAAUUGGGGCUAUAUCUAAAAAGAACACUUUCGAAAGCGGAGCGGGCUGUUCAUUUUCCCAAGAAAAGGAAAUUACACGAAAAAUCCUGACUUUAAAUCUUUGGUAUCUAGUACGGAAUUACAUAAUAUCUGUCUUUAAGAGUUGUACCUCGGUUACGUGAAGGAUAUUUCACCUUGGAACACUAUGACGGGUCUACAACUGAUACACAUGUGCCUUGCGACGGUUCUCUGUGCAUCUUUGUCCGGUGCUGCACCUGUUAUAGACAGUGUCGUGGUUAUGGUCAAGAACACUGUCAGAGCGCACCAUGGCCAGACAGUCACUUUACCAUGCUGGCUCCAGCCACCACAGAGUGCAGAGGCUCUGGAGGUACGCUGGUAUCGUAAUGAUGACUUUGAUACCUCGAUCCUAUCUUAUCGGGCAAAAACAUUUGAAACACCCCAGGAAACUUCCUACGUGGGCCGAGCCUCAUUUGGCUUAAAGGAUGCUGCAUCUGGUGGGCUGAAGGAAGGUGAUGUGAGCCUGAAGCUGGUGAAUGUCACACUUCAGGAUGAUGGAGCUUACACUUGUUAUGUCAGCAGUGACAAGGGUUAUGACAAAGGAAAAGUCGGUCUCAGUGUGACAGCAACGGGGACCUCCCCUUUCAUGUCAGUAGUGUGGAAACAAAAUGACUUGGUGAAUUUGAGCUGUGAAUCUGAUGGCUGGUAUCCAAGGCCUCAGCUGCGCUGGUCAGAGCAGAAACAGAAUCUGAGCCCAAAGAGUCUUGAGUACAGGGAAGAUUCUUCUGGUCUUGCGUCAGUGCACAGCUGGCUUCUGGUCUCCAGGUUCUCUGAGGUUUCCUGCUCAGUAGGUCUCUCUGAUGGAGAGGCAAAGGAGGCAAGAGUGCGGCUGGAAAUCCCUGUUCAACCUGCUAAACAGGAGUCUCACUCCUUGGGGUCUGGGGCUGGAUGGGUGGCCUUCGCGCUUCUCCUCAUCACCACUUUAGUUUUACUUGGAGUGCUCUACUUCAAAAGGAAAGCUCUAUUUGCCAGCUCUAAGAAGGAAGAAUCCACUGAGGAGAACUGCAGUCUUUUACCCAAAAAUGAGUCGGAAGCUCUUGCAGAAGCUAACAACCAUUACGAAAAUGUUACACUUGACCAGGUGAAGAGCGAAUAUCUCACAAUCAAGGACGGUAAACUGAGAGAUACCAUUGUUCAGUUUCCUGACGGACCUAAAGUUACUUGUCUCACAGCUGUCAGAGGAAGACCUGGCUUCUCUUCUGGAAAACACUACUGGGAGGUUUCUUUGGGUAAUGCAAAAUUAGGCCUCAAACAGUCCUGGUGGGUAGGGGUUACAAGUGCAACUGUCCUUCCUUGGGAGAAUGGUGUUUCCCCAAGCUCAUCUAAUGGUUUCUGGUUCCUGUCCUCAUCCCCUGCCAGAGCGGAGAGCUUGCAGUUUAACACAGAACCAGAAGUGUUACUGCCUGUCCGUUCAAGACCGCAGACAGUUGGUGUGUAUUUGAAUUAUGACAGCAGAGAGCUUUCUUUUUAUAAUGUGGAUGAUAAAAAACUUAUUGGAUCUUUAAAAGCUGAUUUCUCGGGGGAAGUCUUUCCUCUUUUCAAUCCUGGUAGAGGUGACAAAGCCCCUAUGGAGAUAUUACAGAGAACAGCACCAGAUGAGUGCGAUGACACAGGGAACUAUGCACAAUCAACACCACAAGAGGCUGAAUCUUAAUAUCAGUAACAAUGUUUCAUGUUUUAGCAGUGCACCUCUAUUCAGUGCCCAAGGUAAACAGGAUAGAAAAAUAUACUUUUAACAAUCUUUGUUUGUACUUCAACAAGCCACAGCUGUUGCAAGACUGAAACAUUUGUAACUAGACCUACAUUGUGUUCAAGCUGAAAUGCGGAUAAUUAUACAAACUCCGGCUCCAUUCCAGUCUAUCCCACAGGGAUCAAUUUUGACACUGUAGCCUCUGGUGCUGUUAGGUAAAUAUAUCAUUAAACAUAUUUUCACAGUGUGGGCAAUAUGCACACAGUUUAUUAUUGGUUAGAGAGGAAGGUUGAUAGCACUCUCUAAUUAGUGCAGUCCAGCAGCCAGUUGGCUUAGUUUAACACAGAUAUCUAGCUCGGCCAGCCUUGUACUUGUACUAUAUACGCUUUGUCAAGUAUGCUUUGCUUUGAAUACUGACACUGAAGGGUACUGCAUGUAGACUGUUGAAUACUGGCAGUAGUGGUGGAAAGUAACUAAGUACAUUUACUCAAGUACUGUAUUUAAAUGCAAUUUUGAGGUAUUAGUACUUUGA